GCGGCCAUGUUGUGCGGCCCUGAGGGCGGCCGGGCCAGGAGCCUCGCCCGGCCAUGGCGGGCUCCGCUUCCUCUGCUUCCGCCGUCUCGUCCUCCUCUUCUUCCUCCUCCUCCUCUUCCUCCUCCCCUUCCUCCUCUUCUCCCUCUACCGCUUCACCGGCCCCGUCCAGCAACUGGCUUUCCGGGGUGAACGUGGUGCUGGUGAUGGCCUACGGGAGCCUGGUCUUCGUCCUGCUCUUCAUCUUCGUCAAGAGACAGAUCAUGCGCUUCGCCAUGAAGUCUCGCCGGGGCCCCCACGUGCCGGUGGGCCAACACGCCCCCAAGGGACUCAAGGAAGAGAUCGACAUCCGGCUAUCCCGGGUUCAGGACAUCCGAUAUGAGCCCCGGCUGCUGCUGUACAGCGACCCUCGAAUGCUACAACUCGAGUCGCCUAGGAACCCAUUCCCUUACAACUACGUGUAUCGGAUGAAGGCUUUGGACGCUGUCCGAGACACAGAGAUCCCCUACUCCAUGGAAGGCCGCUACCCCAAGUUGCUGAUGGAGAAAAACUUCCAGACCUACCUGUUGGAUCUCUGCAACUCCAGCAGCUCUUUGAAGGGGCUCCGCAAGACUCUGAUCGAUGCCCUCCUGGACGGAUACGAGAACGCCCGCUACGGGACGGGGGCAUUCGGCAAAGUGGAAUUCCUCCGCUUCCAGGAGGCCUUGAACGAGCUGGCAACCAUCAUCAAAGCCCGGGGCGAGAGCAGCCAGCGGCAGCAUCAGUCGGCCGCCAAGGACCUGACCCACUCCUCCGACCUUUCCAGCCCCACCAUCCAGGUCACCUACCCCUUCCAGCCAGAAGAGCAAACGAGCCAAGCACUUCCUGGAACUCAAGAGUUUCAAAGACAACUACAACACGCUGGAAAGCACCCUGUGACGCCCCUCACUCCACCUCCCCCACCUCGACCUCCCCCUGCCCAGGAGGGGGCACCUAUUCCCUCCCCAAAUGUGGACCAAAAGAGCUGGCCGUGCCUCUACUACCCCUCGUGGCUGCGUUUGGAAGCCUUGAUGUGAAAAGGUGGCGGGAGGUUGGAGAAUAGCUCCCUUCCUUCCCAUCUCCAAAGCGAACCCUGGAUAGGUUUUUUUUUCCCCUUAUUCUUAUUUUUUUUCUUAUUUUUUCCCCCCGUCCAUCUCUUAUUUAUUGACAAAAGACUCGUCCUCCCAGCAUGCCGAACAAACCCAAGAUCGGGCCAAGUUUUACAAGACUUUUUUGCCCGCCGCGAGAAACUUUAUAUCGGACUUUUCCACUUUGGACGACAUUGGCCGGAAAGUGGCGUGGCGGUGGGACGUUGCCGCGUCCACGGAUGCAAGAGAAGGUUCCACGUGGCGUGGGACGUGUCCAGUGGGAGCAUUUUCCACGUUUCCAGAGCAGGGAAGGAUCGUCCCGAGAGAAAGAAAGAAAAAA